UGUCCUGAAAAUGCUGUCUAAGCCGUCGCUCUACUAUGUGUGAGAGCUCUUAAUUCCCUCCAGCUAAACGCAUUGUGCUCCCUCUCUCUCUCUCUCUCUCUCUCUCUGACUUAGCUAGCCAGAGAAACCUGUUGCGUUUCGCACUGUGGCUACCCGCUGUCCCUUGUGGCGCAGGUUUGAGCCCCCUUCAGAAGAAAGACAUGCGGCGAAGGACAGGAGCAGCCACCGCAGGAAGUGACAGCAGGAUCCCCUGAGCUCAAAAACAAAGGAUAACCACCACCGAUCAACGCGGGGACAAGGAGACGUGAGCCCAGGGGAAUAUCAACCAUGUUGACGCCAUGGAGAUUGUUCCUCUGCCAGAUGGCACUGAACAUAUUCUAUCACAUCGCGAAAGCCAGUUUAUGCCUUGGUGGUCAAGACAUAUUUGCCACGGUCAGAGAGAACAGUCCCACUGGAGAGUUCAUAGCCAACCUCAGUAUCAACGGAGACCCGGGAGCCAGCAGCAUCCGCCUGUGUCUCACAGGAGAAAACGCUGAUUGGUUUUACCUUGAAGGCCGAACAAUCCGACUCAACACGUCGUUUUCAAGGACCUUAGACCGAGAGGUGCUGGGAUCAGUUCUGAUAGCUGCUUUGACGUGUUAUGAAGAUGAUAUAAUAAGGAGUCGAUAUCGAAUCAUGGUGGAAAUACUGAAUGAAAAUGACAACAUGCCAUAUUUCCUUGAAGACACCAUCCAACCGCGAUAUAUAAGUGAGUUGCUGACUGUAAAUUCGAUGGUGUUCACAGUGAAAGCUAAAGACGGCGAUGGGGACACAAUCACUUAUAUCACUGAUAAAUCUACAGAUGAUGCCAGCUAUUUUAGGAUUGAUCUGCCCAACAGCGGGAUGGUGAUCCUGGAUAAACCGUUAGACUAUGAGACUAAAACCCAGCUGCAGGUGGUCAUAUUUGCUGUGGAAACAACCACAAAAGAUAAGUACAACACAACAGCUACAGUCACCGUGAACGUUCUAGAUGGUGACGACCAGUAUCCUCAGUUUCAGCCGUGCGCACCUGUUUAUGAAAAUGGAGAUCAUAAUAUCUGCACCAACCCUGUGUACAGUGUUAACAUUACGGAGACAGAUGAGGAUGCUGUGCUUUAUUUUUCUCCGGGUCCCAUUCAUGCUGAAGAUGGGGACAAAGACAUACUGACUCCUCUAGUCUACAGUAUUCUGUCAGGUGAUGACAAUGGCCGAUUUACAAUCGACUCUAAAACAGGAGAGAUCUCUCUCAGGCAACGUGUGGAAAACAGACUCCUCACACCUUCAUUUAGACUCCGCAUAAUGGCUGCACAGGUGAAUGACCCAAAGAAAUAUUCGGUGGCGACAGCACUCAUUCAUGUGGUGUCUGAGAACCGGUUUUCUCCGUUCUUCAACAAGACCGUCUACAAAGGGUUCCUCAUCGAGAGCUCUAGCCCUGCCACGCUGGUCACUACCUAUGGAAACCAAGUCCUGGUAGUCCAAGCCAUCGACAAGGACUUCAAAGAUGGAAUAAACCCAAAAAUCCAUUACACAAUGCAGCCCUUGACGGGUAGCAAUAAACUGUACCACAUUACCCAGGAUGGCAUUGUGAUUGCAAAGACGGACCGGCUCAGAGCGUUUGACCGACACAUCCUGGAGGUGAUUGCAACAGAUGAAGAGUCAGGUGAGACGGCCCAUGCUUCAGUGGAUAUUGAAGUUUUGCAGAGGGGACAACCAGUUCCCAGAAGUCCGUUCGGUGAGGAACGUCUGUUUGGAGAUAUGAAUGCGGGGAUGGCCGGCGGCAUCGCUGCCCUUGUUCUGAUAGUGGCUGUGACAGUGCUAUUUCUCUUCCUCUGGCUGGCCAAGAAACGGAGAGAGAGACGGGAUCCAGCGGACAGGGGCGCAGUAGCUCUUGGGAAACACCCAAAUGUGAGCUUAAGAUGGUUUCAGCUGGUCAACUCAGGACGCCCCAUAUCGCUCAUAGAGGACGCCUCCUACCACAACGAGGCGUUCGUUGACAAUGAAUACUCCAGUGAUUUGUACACCAAACCAGAUGACAUGCUUCCUCCACCAACCACGACAUAUGAAUCUGACAGACCCAUGCCACUACAAGACAUGCUGCCCAUCCUUGUGCUUCCAGAAAUAACACCCGCAAACCUCUCAUCUUCAGCUGUGACCAAUGGGAAAGCUUUCAUAAAAUCAGUCUCCUUUAAAGACGACACAGGAACAGUAGAAGAGACUUUGCCCAAAAAUGAAGGACAAAUUGAAGUUGUCUGUAAUCAAAUAGAGACCAGAGCAGACAUUUUGACACCUAUCGUGGAGGAGGACACUUUUACUAUUGCUACAGUAGAAAAUCCUGCAGAAAAGGUGGACAUAUGUUGUCCAAAUCCUUCUGUAAGACCCAGAGAGGAAUAUGUCUUUGCUCAUGCUGAUGAUGAAAAUGACAAUGAUCCAUACAAAAACAUGGCCUCUGUUAUUUACAGCAGUGAUGAAGAUACAGCAGACGAUGAGCCAAAUGAUUUAAGGCACUAUCACAAACACGGGCAAAACCAGUUUACAAUCGACCACAUGAAGGCCAUCGGAUUACAAAUCGAGGAUUCGGAUGAAUCGCAAGCCUGAUUCGUCAUGCCUGAAGUCGCUUUCAUAAAAAAGCCAAAUCCUUAAACACACAGACAGGGUUUCAAAGGGAAAAUAGCAAAACAGGGUCAUUAAAAAGAACAUAUUAUCAAACUCUACUGCUUUUAAAUUUUUGGUUUAUAUUCCAUGUUUUUCUUGUUGAACUUCUACAGAAAUACUGUGCACAUAAUCAGCCUUAAUUAAGAAUCAGUUUAAAUGAAGUUUUGAUGACUGUGUCUUUAAGAAAUAAAGAUGUUAUAGCCUGUUUUUGAAUAUUUCUAGAGAUAUUCUGACUGACAUCGCAGUCAAACACUGGAACUAGAUGAAACUGAAGUGUGUGUUGUCACUAAAUGUAGACCGUUCUGAUUACAGAAGUGUCUGCUGUCACUUGUCAAGUUAAAAAUACUCAAACACAAAAGGUUGAAAUGGACUGUAAUUUUCCAUUUAGCGUUUGAUUAAUAAAUGCC